AUGGAGCAAGACGGCUUCAGACCUUUUCUUGUGGGGCGUUCAGCGGCCAACGAUCUUUGUGCAAAAUUGAGCGCGAGGAAGGGCACCCCUCACAGCCGAAGUCGCAGUGUGCUGCAGCUGCCUUCUUGGCACUUUGCCUUCACAAGUUUGCUCGUCUGGCAGGUCUAUGUUCCAGAGCUGGUGUUUGGCCACUUGUUGACCAGUGACAACUACGACGACUCUUCUUGCAAGGUGGUGGGAGGCCGGAACGGCUACGGUGCCAAGCUUGCCAACGUUUUCUCCACAGAGUUCAAAGUAGAGACCUGCGACGGCAAAAACCGGUUCAGCCAGCUGUACAAAAGCAACAUGCAGGUCAAGGGCAAGCCGGAGAUUCUUGCGACCAAGGAGAAGUCCUUCACCUGCAUCACCUUCAAGCCGGACCUGGCGAAGUUCGGCAUGGCGCGCCUGGACGAGGACAUUGUCUCCCUGCUGACGAAGCGCGUCUACGAUGUGGCCGGUUCCACAGCAGAGCGUUGCAGCGUGUUUCUGAAUGGUGAGAAACUCGACGUGAAGAACUUCAGAGACUACUGUGACCUGUACUUGCUGACGCGCCAGGGCGUGCCCCAGAUCUAUGAAAAGUGCUCCGACAGGUGGGAGAUUUGCGUGAGCCUGACGGAGACGGGCUUCCAUCAGGUGAGCUUCGUGAACUCGAUCUGCACGAUCCGCGGGGGGACGCACGUCACGCACGUCAGUGACCAGGUCGUCGAGGCGAUCCUGGAGAAGGUGCGGCUUCAAAGCAAGGAGAAGAUGAAGGGAGGAGUGGACGUUCGGCCACAUCAUGUCAAAAACCACCUCUGGAUCUUCAUCAAGUGCUUGGUGGAGAAUCCAGCUUUCGAUUCGCAGACGAAGGAGACAUUGAUGACGAAACAGUCCAAAUUCGGGUCUCGCUGUGAGCUCUCCGAGAAGUUCCUUUCGGAGGUGGCAACUUGUGGCGUGGUAGAUCUCAUCCUGAUGGCAGCGAUGGCAAAAUCAAAGGUCGACCUGGGAAAGAAGCUCAAGGCCAACACCAGCCGUGUCGCUCGCCUCACGGGCGUUCCGAAGCUCGAGGAUGCCAACGACGCAGGCGGUAAGCUGUCGAGCGAGUGCACGCUGAUCCUCACCGAGGGAGACUCGGCAAAGGCUCUAGCUGUGGCCGGGCUGAGCGUCAUUGGCCGAGACAAGUGGGGAGUUUUCCCACUCCGCGGCAAGGUUCUCAACGUGCGUGAUGCCACGCUCAAGCAGAUGAUGGCCAACGAGGAGAUACAGAACUUGAUCAAGAUCAUUGGCCUCGAUCUGAACCGCGAGUACGAUGCCGAGCUGAAGGGGCUCCGGUACGGUUCCAUCAUGAUCAUGGCCGACCAGGACAGCGACGGCUCUCACAUCAAAGGGCUCUUGAUCAACCUGAUCCAUGCCUGGUGGCCCUCCCUUGCCCGGCUGCCGGGUUUCCUCAAGGAGUUCUUCACGCCGAUCGUGAAAGCAAGGAAAGGCCGCAGCGAGACCUGCUUCUACACGCUUCCGGAGUACGAGGCUUGGAAGAAGGAGACCGAGAACGGAAAGGGCUUCAAGAUCAAAUACUACAAAGGUCUUGGCACGAGCACAUCGAAGGAGGCGAAGGAGUAUUUUAGCGCCCUGGAGUCGCACAAGAUGCAAUACCGGUACGAUGGUGUUGAAGACGACCGAGCCAUCGAUCUCGCCUUCAAUAAGAGGCGAGCAGAUGACAGAAAGGCGUGGAUCAAUGCUUACGAGGAAGGACGCUUGGUAGACCACACGCAGCAGGAGGUGAGCUACAAGGACUUCGUGGAUAAGGAGCUGGUGCUGUUUGCCAAAGCCAACGCUCAAAGCUCAGCCCAAGGUGAUACGUGCUAUUCCCUCCAUGGUGGAUGGUUUCAAGCCGAGCCAGAGAAAGGCGUGGCGUUGCUGCGUGGAGUCCCUGACGCCAAGGCGACCGCCACAGUGCCAGUGGCGCAGAUCGACAAUUGUGUUCGGCGCAGCCACUUGCAGCAGGGCGAGUCCGUGCCGCGCUUGGUGUUGGGGCCUGCGAUUCGUCUCAGAAGUCCACAGUUUGGAGGUGAGAAUGCCUAUUAUUUCGCUCACAGUAGAAAGUUCGAAAUCCCGGAGGAUGCCAAGAUCAUCGCCGGCCCAGGACUCGUCACCGGUGGUCCCCCGGAGCUGCUCCAGGACGGAGGUGCAGAGUUGAUCAAGGAGGAGGAGAAGAUCCUCUGGAUCAAGGAUUAUGCCUGGGCAGAAGCCGGUGGAAAGGUGAAGGUCUACGUCGACUGCGACUUCCUUCCCGAGGAUGCGCAGGAAGACAUCGCUUCUGCCACUUUUGACACCCGGUCCUUCGUGUUGGAUAUCGCCAGCCAGCAACGAAGGAGGCUGAAGGUGGAGAAGUUGCACGCCGAGAUCAAACCAGAGGAGUGCAAGGUCCUUUUCGGCUGCUUCAAGCGCAAGCUGCGUAGCGACGUGAAGGUGGCCCAGCUCGUGGGCUACGUGUCGGAGCAAGCGGCGUAUCAUCACGGAGAGAUGUCCUUGUCGGAGACCAUCGUCGGCAUGGCGCAGGAUUUUGUUGGAUCCAACAACAUCAACCUGCUCGUUCCACAAGGCCAGUUUGGCACACGAUUGCAGGGCGGCAAGGACUCGGCUUCCGCACGAUACAUCUACACGCGCCUGGCACCGAUCACACGUUUCUUAUUCCCGGCCUCUGACGAUCCGGUGUUGGAGUAUUUGAGCGAAGAUGGCAUGUCCAUCGAACCUCGCUGGUACUGUCCAGUCAUCCCGAUGGUCUUGGUGAACGGUGUCGAAGGGAUCGGCACGGGCUGGAGUUCGUCGGUGCCGAAUUUCAACCCACGUGACAUCAUCGAGAAUCUCAGGAGGUGGCUCAAAAAGCAGGAGAUGAAGGAGAUGACGCCCUGGUUUGCAGGUUUCACCGGCAGCAUCUCGAAAUCGCGAGAAGAAGGCAAGUGGGAGGUCACGGGCAACAUCCGGAAUCUCGGGGAAGGCAGAGCCGAGAUCACGGAGCUGCCGGUGAAGCGAUGGACGCAGGACUAUCGAGAAAUCCUGGAGGAGAACCUUCCAAAAGGGGAGAAGAAACGGGAGGGGCCAAAGCUCCUAGAAGACUACCAAGAGUACCACAGUGAGAAGUCCGUGCAUUUUGUGUUGUCUUUGAGCUCAGAGGGUCAGCUCCAUGCGGACAAGGUCUUCAAGCUUCGCUCGUCCAUCAGCAUGAACAACAUGAUGCUCUUCGAUGCUGACGGCAAGAUCAAGAAGUACGACACUCCAAAAGACAUCCUGCAAGACUUCGCGCAAGUCCGGUUAAAGAUGUACGAGACGCGCAAGGCGUACCUGUUGGCGCGGCUCACCCGCGAAUGUGAGGUGUUGAGCGCCAAGGCACGCUUUGUGAAGUUGGUAAUCGAGGGGAGAAUUGUGAUCCGAAAGCGGAAAAUCGCUGACUUGGCCCAGGACCUGCGGAAGCAUGGCUUCAAAGCGCUUCGCGACCUCCAAGGCGAGCAGUCUGAGGAGAAGGAGGUGAUGCCUCGCAGCGUGGUCUCGGGCAAAGUUGUCUUCAGGUGCUGCCACUGCUUGCAGACUAUCGAAGAAGAGGUGGAGGUGCUGCUGGAGAAUUGCUACUGCAGCCGGGCUUGCCUCAAGGGCGGCCCAAGGCAGCUUGAUGGUUCGUGCAUCGCGACGCCUGCCUGGGUGAUGCCGCCACCGAAGAAUGCACCAAUUCCAUUGGGUCGAAGGCUCUCUCUGCAGGAGCUCCCGGUCACGGACUUUAGCAAGACCGAGGCGAUCAUCACACCUACAUCACAUUGGCUCCACCGCAUUUCCAAGACCCUCGGCGAGGCGCUGCUGCGCCCGAGCGCUUGGUUAUCAGAGUUUCUGCAAAUCCUCGCCUUGGGAUUCGGCACAGACCUGACUGCAACGAUUGCCGACGGCAGGUUUUUUCUGAAGGCAGUUCAGAAGCGCGGAGUGUGA